UCAAGUGAAACAGCCACAGUAUGCUGCUAGGUCUGAGCUGAGUAACUACUAAGCUUAUUGAGCUGUGAUGACGGAGAGGAAGGUGCAGGUCACAGUCCUCUUCUUUGCCGUGGCUCGUGACCUGGCAGGCAGGGAACAGGCAACCUUAUCUCUCACAGCCGACACCAGGCCAGAGUGGCUUCUGUCAGAGAUUGCCCAAACCUUCGAUGGCAUUGGGAGGAUAAGAGACAGUGUCGUCCUAUCCCUCAACCAAGAGUACUGUGAGCCAGACCAGCAGAUUUCCCUGUCUCCCGGUGAUGAACUGGCAGUCAUUCCACCCAUAAGUGGAGGCUAACUAAAAAAAAAAGAAAACAACAUGGACCACAUCAAGUUAACCAGAGAAGUGUUAUCAACCGGAGAGGUGGCGGAUGCAGUGACCGACCCAAGCUGUGGUGCUGUUAGCCUCUUUGUGGGAACAACACGCAAUCAUUUCCAGGGUCGACAGGUAGUGAGACUUGAGUACGAGGCAUAUGAAGAAAUGGCCGAGAAGGAAAUGCUGUCCCUUUGUAAGCUGGCCAGGGAGAAGUGGAAUAUCAAGCAUAUAGCCAUCUAUCAUAGACUGGGUGUUGUCCCUGUUCUUGAAUCAAGUGUCAUAAUAGCUGUCAGUUCAACACACCGACGAGAGUCUUUAGAAGCAACGUCUUUCCUGAUUGAUGAACUGAAGGCUCGAGUGCCCAUUUGGAAGAAGGAAAUGUAUGAUGAUGGAGGAGGGGACUGGAAGAAGAAUAAAGAGUGUGCAUGGAAUAAGGAGGAAGAGAUGGUGAAGGAUGCAUAGGAACUAGAGGAACUUUAGAAAAUGAGAGGAAAUUGUUGAAUGAAUUGUAUGCUUAUUUUCAAUUUAUUUUCAGAGAGUCAUGAUUAUUUUGUUAAAAAAUGACAGUUCUGUGUAAAUGAUUAUACUGUUAAACAAUGACAGAUCUGUGUAAUUAGUAUUGAUUUUUUUUUCUCCUCUUUUCUGAAAUUAUGUAAAGGAAAUGUGUUAUGUGAAGCUAUAUUCAGAAAAUUUUCUUUCCUCUUUUUUUAGAACAAACAGAACAAAUGUUCAG